AUGGGAAGCAUUCCCAUGGAAAAAAAGAAUGCUUUGUCGCUGUCCUAUUCACAGAACGGUUCCCCACAGGAGCAGCGCAUGAAAGGCAGGGACCAUGUGAUCGGCAGCACUGAGUCUGUGUCAAAAUCCAAGCAGAGAGACACAGAGACAGCAGAGCCAUGUCUGCCGGGAAACAAAAUUGCAUUCACACUUUCCCAGGCUGAUGCAAUGAGCUCUUCCAAGGAGGAACGCAUGAUUUCAGAUUCACCUGUGAGCGUCACCAAAGAUAACCUGUGGGGCGGAGCAAGGGUUGGUGACUCGACUUACAACUGCUGCUUCUGUCUCUUUAUUCUUGACGAGAAUUGCGUUUAUUUAGAUGCAGAACGUCUUUACGAGCACAUCAAAUGGGAGACUGUUCAGACGCGCGCUCCAUUCUGCCUCAGCGCCAGGAGCGAGUCAAAUGAGCGUGGAAACGCGUUUAAAGACGGUCUGAAGGACCGGGCGGCCCCAGCGGCUGGGGCCCCGACUGAUGAGGUCAUAGCUGAGAACGGGGAUGGAUCUGCUGAUGGAUCCCACCAGGCGAACAAGGAGCAUACUGAACUGAAAGACAAGGACAGCAAACCAGGGUCAUUACCAAAUCAGCAGGCCUCAGCUCCGCCCAGAGAGGAGCAUAAGGCCAAUCAGGAGGCUUGGGGGCGGCUCCGUGAUGGAAAGGGGGUGGAGCCUGAGGAUCUAAAGAAGGCACAUCAGCUCGCUCCUCCUGCGUUUGUGCGGCCAAAGAGAGAGGUCAACGACGACCAACCGGUAGACGUGCCGCUUGGGCAAAGAGAGCAGCCCGUCAACGAUGAGAUGUGCGAGGUGUGUGAGGUUUGGACGGCAGACGAUCUGUUCCCCUGCCGGACGUGCACACGGGUCUUCCACGACGGCUGUCUGCAGGAGAUGGGGUACCUGAGCACUGAUGCUUUGCAAGAAAUGAGAGAGACGGCCCACACCACCACCGGCUGGAGCUGCUAUUACUGCGAUAAUGUGAACCUGCUGCUUACUGAAGAAGAGAUGUACAGUCUGAUGGAAACCUUCAAACAGUGCAAGAUCAUCCCAGAGUCGUGCCUGGUGUCAGAUGAGCUCCUGCAGUACAGGCACUUUGUGACCAAGCAGCUCUUUGAAAGAGACUUGACGGAUGAGGAGGAAGAGGAGGUUCUGGCCCAGUUUGCAGCGCUGGAUCCAGACAAGAAGGGUCAGAUUGAGUGGUCUGACUUCCUCUACCACGAGUCACUUUCAGUGCUGCAGAAGUUCCGGACCGAGAAUUCGCUGGUGAGAAUCCUCACAGCGAAGGAGAGGGAUCGAGCACGGGCCGUAUUUCAGAGUAUAGACCAGGACAAAGAUGGGAUCAUCACUGUCGGAGAAGCCAGAAAAGCCCAAACCUCCUGGUUCCACAAGAUUAACAAAGAAUCACAGUCCUGCAGUGUCAGACUCAUGGGAUUGUGUUCCCCUUUGUUCAGUAUGGGUAUCAGCCAUGUUGGUCCAAUAUCUGAGAGCAGUCCUGCCAGUUCCAGCAGCGAGAGAAGCAGAGAUAAAGCUUUGGAGAAUGACAACAGACCCAUUACCUGGGACAACUUCCUGAGGGAGAGCGCCAUCUACAUCCUGGCUGCCAGGCCCAACAGCUCAGCCAUGCACAUCCGUUUACCACUCUAACCAUGGCCACAUAGCCUGAGACUUCUAGAGGGGCUUCCCAGGUCUGCAUUCACGAAAGAGCGGUGCUGAGGACUAAACCGAGAGUCACAUGAGAGUCAAACGCAAAAGAGUACCCCACCACAUGCUAAGUCUGCACAAGCAAUCGAAGGAUUCUUCCUCUAACGCCACAAUCUAAUAGCGACACAAUGACAAAUUCAACGCUACUGAACAAUAGCACAUCUGUCACCACUUGAGCUUUUACGAGCUUGUAUGGUUUCGGUUUUUGUGACCAAGUAACUGUUUCGAUCAGAGAACCUGCUGCAAGAAACACUGUCACACAUUAGCAGAUUUACAGCACCACAGUGUUUGCGUAGUGUUUUUGAUGUUAACGUGUUGUGUAAUUUUUGAGUUGCGGCUCUAGCCAGAUGAGUUGUGAUCGAUGGAUCCAUGUGAGAGCAGUGGUUGAAUCAUUGCUGAUCUAAUUUCAGUCACCACAAAAUAUGAAUAUAAUAUAGUAGGCAACAGUGGUGCCACACAGAAAUCAAAGUGAGAUGCUAUAUAUAGAUACUAUAUACAGUCUAUAUACAUAUAUAUAUAUACAAAAUAUUGUAUGUGUAUUUAUUCCCAUACCUUCAGGGAUGGAUUAUGAACCGGGUCAAGGAGCUUCCAGACUGCCAGGGGCCUAAAGUUGAGACAUGGGAAAACAAAGGAAAUUUAAAAUUGUUGUUGACAGACAAACGCUACUUGUAAUUAAGAUACAGAUUGGCAUCAAUUUGAAUUUUCAGUCACUUGACAGUACAUUUGCGAGUCAGAAUUAUGAGAAGCUAUAAUUCUUUUUUACUUUUAUAUUAUAUUUCUGAGUGAAACAUGAUAUAUAAUGAGAAAAAAGUGGGGUGGAAUUUAAUUUGACCUGUGACUGGAUUGUGAAAUAUGAUCUUCAUUUCUAAAACCUAGUGAGCUGCCAACUUAGGUAGUAUUUCAAGGCAAUAUAGACAUCUUACUGACGCAAAAUCUGCUCUAAAAUGUACAGGCAGCAUAAAUUAGCAAAUCAAUAGUGAACAUUUUAUAAAAAAAAUAUUUUAAUUUAAUUUAAAAAACGUGAUUUUACCCAAUAUUUGUUUAUGUAUAUUUAUGGUUAUUAGAGUAUUGAUUUGCUAGCUAGCAAAUGUUAAUUCCAACUGCUAUUGAAAUGAAUUGGGUUAGGUCUUAUUAUAAUUAUGAUACUCUUUAAGAUAAAUAAUUUUAACUUAUAAUACGUAUGACUAAAUACUAAAA